AUGGGUUCGCACAUGUUUGUAUUUGCCGGGCUUGUUAUUACGCUCCAGUUCAAAUAUAAAAAGCGAAGUAAACCUCGGAUACCCCACUCGUUGCCCCCAAAUAUUGUCGUUGAGGAGGCCAACGAUGACACCGCCGUCGUUGCGAAUCCAAACCCAGAAGGCCCAGUUAAACCCAACGACCAGGCAUCACUUGCCAGCACAGUCCUAGAACACCAGGAAAGAAACGAAUAUAUUAAAGAGCUUGGUGUAAGACACCAAGCCUUUGUUAUUCUUUCCUGGAUUGUUCCACUCUACAUAAUCAUAGUCCAGCUAUUGGGGGCGGUCGCCCUAGGUUGGUACAUAUCCUCCCGUCACCCGUCGGUGCCAGCAGAGAACCACGUCAACGCCUGGUGGGCGGGGGCAUUUCUGAGUAUUUCUGCAUUCAAUAACUCGGGUAUGAGUCUUAUCGACAGCAAUAUGACGCCCUUCCAGCGGUCAUAUUUCGUCUUGUUGGUGAUGACCGCCCUGAUCCUGUUAGGUAAUACCAUCUUCCCUAUCUUGCUACGCGGGAUACUCAGGGUGCUGGAAAGAGUGGUUCCAAAGACGGAUAAGUGGGAAGGGAUGAGGGAUGGACUGGAGAUCCUGGCAAGUGAGAAGGCGAGGAUGCUCUGCCCAUAUUUGUUUAGUGGUAGUCAGCUGGCUUGGUUGGGAGGAACCAUCAUUAUCUUCAAUGGCAUUGACUGGGCGAUUUUUGGAAUAUCCUCUGUUACAAACCCAGCGUUUAAAGAUUUCUCGGCCCCGGCUCGAGUGGUUGACGGUCUUUUCCAGGCCCUCGCUGUGCGAAGCGGUGGGUUUGGAGUUGUGGGCAUCCCAUAUUUGAGGAUGUGUGUUCAAAUCACCUAUUUGGUUAUGAUGUAUAUUUCCUCGUUUCCUAUUUGCGUAGCCAGCAGCUAUGAAGGCGACUACAUCCCCGACCCAGAAUCAGCAAGGAAGGUUAGGCCCAGGUAUCACCAACAGUCGAAAAGACAGUUUCUCAGACGCCAGAUGAGGAGAACCUUUACUGUUGAUGAUUUUUGGAUGCUGUUUUUUAUUAUCUGGGUUAUUGCCACUAUCGAAACGCCACAUUUUGACGCGGACCCCGUGUCGUACUCGAUCUUUAAUAUUACGUUUGAAGUUAUCUCUGCAUACGGAUGUGUCGGUGUCAGUAUGGGGCAUCCGGACAUGUCAACAUCUAUGAGUGGAGCUUUUAGGAGAGGAAGUCAGUUAGUGCUCUGCAUCGUUAUGCUGCUCGGUAGAACGAGAGAGGCAAGAAAGGGUGUGUGGAGGGGGGAUUGGGGGAUUGGGUCGGAACCCGGAGGAAUGUGGGUGAAUGAGAGAGGGGACUAG